ACCAAAGUCAGACAGCAGAAAAGAAGCACCAUGGACAAUUCAAAAACAAAUUCACGGAUUAUUUGUCCAUAUGGACUUAAGUACAUGUUGGAGUGCAUCUCCAGAGUUGCACUCCUUUCACAAUCUGCCAACAUUACUGAGAUUACAAAGCAGUAUUUGUUGGAGCUGCUUGGUUUUGCAAAAACCUUCCCUGAAACCAACCCCAAGGAUGUUUUGUUCUACUUCCAUGAGCAGUGGGAGCUGAGAUUUUUCAGAAGCAAGAAGUGGAUGGCAGAGACAAACAGUGUGCCUCCAGCACAAGUCCCAUCUGAGGCAGAGAUCGUGAGAGCUUUAAAAAAGAUGCUCUCCCAUUUGGCAUCUUCUACUGAAGAAAACGUGGCAAGAAAAAGUCCAGAGAAGAAGAGUGUGUCAAUAAAGGCAAAAUCAGGGGGGAAAAAGCCUCCCUUGUCUCCAAGACCACCUCCCUGUGACAAAAGACAAACUGGGAGGGCCAUACCAACACGUAGGGUGUCCACAGUGAGGGUUCAGCAACACAGUAAUGUGACCAGUGAUGAGGUCAAGAAAACACCAAAAAGAAAGAAGCCAUCAACAAAAGAAGCUGGAGAAAGGCAGAAAGGAGGAGACUAUUACUUGUUAACACUGGACAAAAGCAGACAUAAACGGGUUCUGUGGACAGACAGAGAACGCAUCAAACCCAUACAACAAAAAACCUCUCAGCAUACAGCCUUGAGUUUGCCAGUUUCUCCAGCACCAAAUUUACCCGCUGAACCCAACGAAUGCCAAGAUCGUACACAGUUUGUCCAUAUCAUAAGAUAUCAGUAUUUGCACAUAAGACAUUCAGAAGUCGGGCCCAGCUGUUCCAGCUGUGAGCAACAAGAGUAGGCAGGGCUUAUGCUAACUAUAAUCCAACUGAGUCUCAUGGAAAAAUGUGAAAUGGUCAUGACAAAAAACUAGUGGAAACUAUUAUAUUUUAACCUAAAUCUAACAAGACAGCUUUUAAUGCCUUUCCCUUCACCCACUCCCACCCCCCGCCAGUUGUGGCAGAUGGCUGCCCCUCACUGAGCCUGGUUCUGCCGGAGGUUUCUUCCUGUUAAAAGAGAGUUUUUCCUUCCCACUGUCGCCAAGUGCUUGCUCGUAGGGGAUCGUUUGUUGGGGAUUUCUGUCUAAUACUGUAGAGUCUUUACCUUACAGCAUAACACAUCUUGAGGUGAUUGUGGAUGGGAUUUGACAUGAAUUGAGUUGUAGAUUAAAUGUCAUGACUGCUGCGUGAACUUAAUGAGACUUAAUGAGUACAUUUAAUUUAGAUGAGGGUCACAUUUAAUUUGGACCCUAUCUAAAUCAAAUGUACUAAUAGUUAAAUCAAA